AUGUCUAUUGUCGAGGCGAACGAGGGCUCUUCGAUCACGAGCAUCCUCCUCCGCUACGCUGUUUGGGCGAUCCCAAUCCUUUUGGCCUCCCGAAUCGCCAUCUUCCUCUACAAGACCUGGACAUCUCCUCUCCGCACUGUCCCAGGCCCCUUCGCCGCCCGCUUCGGCCGCUUCUACUACCUGUGGCGAGUCGCCCAAGGCCACUGGGAACGCGAUGACAUUUCCCUACACAAGAAAUACGGGCCCGUGGUCCGCGUCGCGCAGGAUAUGUACAGCAUUGACCACCCUGAAGUGGUUAAAAAGGUCUACAGCAUCAACUCCAAAUUCCCCAAAAGUGACUGGUAUUAUGCAUGGCAGCAUCCCGACCCGAAUCGCUGGACCUUGUUCCCGGACAGGGAUAUGAAGAGGCAUGCUGAGACCCGUAAAAGGUUUCAGUCCAUGUACUCAAUGUCGAGUUUGGUCAACUACGAGUCCUAUGUAGACUCGUGUGCCGAGAUUUUCGGCCGGAGGCUGUCUGAGUUCGCCGCCAAAGGCCAGACGAUUGACAUGGCGCAUUGGUUUCAAUGCUAUGCGUUUGACGUGAUUGGCGACAUCACCUACUCUCAAAGAUUCGGCUUCUUGGAUAAAGGAGAGGAUAUUUCGGGGCUGUUGAAGGCUCUGCACAGCGUUCUGCAAUACGGGGCCCUAGUGGGCGUAUACGCCAAAUGGCAUCCUCUUCUCUUCAACCUUUCGAGCCGUCUCGGUAUUGGCGGCGGCGAAGGCCGAGUGUGGCUGAUGAAGUAUGUCAACGAGAGAAUCAAACAGCGCGAGGAGGACAAGAAAGCCGGCGUCGAUGUCGAGAAGAUCGGGGAUGACAAUGCACCCAUGGACUUUUUGGAGAAAUUGCUCGUGGCGAAUCAGCAUGAUCCUGAAAAGGUGACCCCUUAUCAUGUAUUCAUGAUGGGCUUAUCCAACAUCAUAGCGGGCUCCGACACGACUGCGGUGAGCUUGUCAUCCAUCCUAUAUAACCUGCUCAGGUAUCCGGACACGAUGCGAAAGCUCCGAGAGGAAAUUCACGAAUUCGAAGAGCAACGCAGGUGUGGCAACCCCGCCGUCUCGUUCAAAGAAAGCCAGGACAUGCCGUACCUGCAAGCGGUCAUGAAAGAAGCACUGAGAAUGCACGCUGCCACGGGUUUGCCACUGUGGAGAGUGGUACCUGAAGGGGGCGUAGAGAUUUGUGGUCAUUUCUUUCCCGAAGGCACCACCAUUGGACUCAAUAGUUGGUGCGCUCACUAUAACGAAGACAUCUGGGGUCCAGAUGCAAAACAAUUCCGACCAGAAAGAUGGAUCGAAGCCGAAAAAGAAGGUGGGGAUAGGUUGAAGAUGAUGGAUGCGUAUUACCUACCGUUUGGUCUGGGGUCAAGAACGUGCAUAGGACGACAUAUUUCAUUCUUGGAGAUGUCCAAGCUGAUCCCUCAACUCGUCAGAAGGUUCGACUUCCAGCUGGAGCAUCCCGAGCGAGAAUGGGAUACUGUGAAUUAUUGGUUCGUGAAGCCAGUAGAUUUCCGGGUCAAGGUCAUGCUUCGACAAGAGUAA